AGCGCAGAGCAGACGCUUUGUUAGUGAGGGAAUGGAGAAACAGCACUGUCAAAUAGAGAUUUCCACUUAUUAGUGACCGGGUUUUAAGUUAUCUUUCAUAGUAAGCUUGCAGUGCUGCACAUGUAGAAACAUGCUAAUAAUUAUAUCAGUUUUAAAGGCCACGAGGAAGUUUCGAACUGCUCAUAACGCACAGGAUAGUUAGUUAUCUUGGCUGAUAUCCGUUUUUAGGUUGACUAAGUCGUCGCUUUAGCCUUUGAAUGUCGAUUAGACACCAGAUGAGUGAUUUUCGUGUGGAGGGUGAAAUGAAGAGACGCGUUAUUGUUGAGUUUGACCGGCGGUGUGUGUGACUGAACCCACCGACACGGGUUUAAACGCAACCGGCACGUUUAGAUGUAAAGAACCGUCCAUUUCAACAGCUGUUUGUUAAUUUGACGUCGUGUGUUGUUAGUGAAGGCUAACAAAAAGACCGUGACUCGGUAUAAAUCAACCUGGAUGCUAGACAUUUUAAGUACUGAACGACUUAAAAGCGAAGUCUUGGGAGUCGUAGGUUUUCAGGUUUAGGACAGGAUGAAGUCAAACAUCUCUGUCUGCAAAAUGAACUGAGUGUUUUAUACGAAUAGUUUUAAUCGUGGAGGAGGAAAAACAUUUCCCCCUUUUAACUUUCACUCCUUUAGCUCGAUGGUGGAGUGUGAAAACAGACGGCCUCAAAUGUUACGCUAGAAACACCCCAGCCUUUGCAGAAGGGUCUUGUAAACGGUUGAUUUGCCAAGUAAAGUUUAUCUGGCGGAUAAAACAACCCACUCAGGGCACAGAUUUAGCUUUAGAUCAAGAAAUCCUCUCACACAGCUGUGGGUUCGCUAGCCGGUGUGCUAGCCUCCACCUCAGCCCUCAGAAAUGUCGAUUAUCUCCAACGAAGCUGUGAUCUUGAUUAAAGAUGUAAAGCCCGGAUUGAAAAACCUUAAUAUCGUCUUUAUAGUUUUGGAAAUCGGUCGGGUGACGAAGACAAAGGACGGGCACGAGGUGCGCUCGUGCAGGGUGGCGGAUAAGAGCGGCAGCAUCGCCAUCUCUGUGUGGGAUGAGCUGGGCAGCCUCAUCCAGCCCGGGGACAUCAUCCGCCUCACGAGAGGGUAUGCUUCAAUCUGGAAGGGGUGCCUUACACUGUACACUGGACGAGGAGGAGACUUGCAGAAAAUAGGAGAAUUCUGUAUGGUGUAUUCUGAGGUUCCUAAUUUCAGUGAACCAAAUCCAGAGCUGCUAGCACAAGCUAACCAGCAGAACAAGACGGGUAAAGAACAGCGGGGGAAUUCUCCACCGAAUCAAAAUACAGGUACUCUUGCACAGACAGGAAAUGGUAUUGUGCCAGUAUUUCCCAAUAACAGUGCUGCACCUGUGCCUCGGGAUCCCAAUUUUGGGGCUCCAGGAAGACCAAACGGGCGUGUUCCAGGCAAUGGGCCACCCUCAGUAACUGCAGGGGGACCCCCUGCUCCACCCAAACCCACAGUUACCAUUAGCAAUGGCAGGGACCCAAGAAGGGCUUCAAAGAGAUGAGACGGAUGAGAACUUCCAUGUUCCCACUCCUCCCUAAAAUCCUUCCACAAACCAAUACACAAAACAAUGCUGCCAAUCAAGAGAAUACGAGGUUCAGCGCUACUGUUUUGCCAACUGUGCUUUUUGCUUUGUCAUUUGCCAAUAUUUGCAUAGUGCGAUUUGUUAUCACAGAAGUUUAGAAUUCAACUUGUUACAGUUAAAGUUUGGCAUACUCUUUGCCUGUUGAGUGCCGGUUCAGUGGCCCACCAUUUAUUUCCUUUCCCUAAAUGUGUUGAGCUAUACACCCUACUUGAACACUUGAUGCACUUUCUUCUAUUAAUUUUUAUAGUGAAUGCAUUGUCAUGUGAUUCAGGAAUGAUUGACUGCUGUUGCAAAUUGGGGAAUGAACUUCAAAGUGACUAACUAUAUGGGUUCUCCCCACACCUUUGGCCAAAAAAAUUACCAGAAGUGACCAUGUUAAAGUUAAGGUAAUAGUUUGAUUGAACACUUAGGAUUAUUUAAUUAGGAAUAAAUCAAGAACAAAAUGUUGGGAAAUUGA